AAGCCGCUUGAGAUCCGAUGGACCCUUGGGGAAAUCGCGCGGGAACACGUUAGUCGGUUCUGCGCCUCAACGCUGAAUCUACGAGACAUCUUGUCUUGGACGGGCCGCCCCAUAAUUUUCGAUCGUAGGGCUCCCUGGGUUCGUUCUUACAUCCCUGAUCAAGGUCAAAUAUCGAUAUAAACUCCGGAUCGGAAUGUUAAAAUCGAUAUUAAGCCGUGCUUAAGAUCUCGUCGCGGCCACGUCUGCCCAUAGCCAGGACUGGCUUUUCCGGUCCAAAGAACUUCGGCGAGAUACACCACCAAAAUGUCGACAUCAAUGCUUGACGGUGGCUUCGGAUUCUCCAAGAUGAUAUCUCAAAUAUCUUUGUUCCUUUUCACUUGCGCUGCAAUGGUAUCGGCGCUUCCAUCAAGCCUUCAACCUCGCCAAUCGUUCACAAUAGGCUUUUACGCGCAUGAAUUAACACAAUUUGGCUGCAGGCCCAUCAUAUUCAUCUGGGCCAAAGCGACCAUAGAGCCUGGCAAUCUGGGAAAUACAGUUGGACCAGCGCUGUCGGAUGGGCUGAAGGCGGUUUUUGGACCUGCGAACGUCGCGACCCAGGGGGUAGAUUAUUGGGGCUUUAUUGAAACGAACUUCUACCCUGGCGGAGCGCCACCCUGGGGAAUUUACGACAUGCAACUUCUUUUGAACGCGGCAGCGACUUGUCCCGACUCAAAAAUUGUUGCUGGAGGCUACAGCCAAGGGGCAGCGCUCACUCACCGGGCUAUUGAAAGUCUAACCCAAGAAGUGAAGAAUAAAAUCAUAGGAGUGGUGACCUUUGGCGAUACCCAAACAUGGCAGGACGGGGGCCGAAUCAAGGACUUCGAUACGAACCGGACACUUAUUAUCUGUAACGCGGGGGACGCCGUGUGCACCGGGACCCUCUACGUCUUUCCGGUGCAUUUCGACUACGUGAAAUGGGUGCCUACCGCUGUUUAUUAUCUCACAAAUAAAUUGCUCGAUAACGCAGUUACAAGGCCGUGGCCAAAUGGAAGUUUUAUAUUCCCCAACGUCACUGUACCCUCGAUACCACAGGUCCCGGCGCCACCCCAAGCCGCUGACGCGGUUCCUAUGUCGCUUCCUCCGUUACCGACACCCAUCAUCUCGGAUGCCUGAGAUUUGAAUUUGAGCGUUUUAUUGAUUAUGUUAUAAUGGUGUUAUCUUUGGUCUGGGUGAUCUUUCUACGCCCGAGGGGUUUGCGCAUUAUUGGUUUCACGCACCUACGAGCAUGA